AUGAAUAAGUUAGAACAUUUCCAGAUACUUAUAAGAAAAUAUUUUUAACUGCCGAAAUUAAUUUUCAACAUUAAAAUUGCCAAUGUUCCAUACAAAAUAACUUGUAAAAGAGACUUGAUCAUUGUAAUACUAAAAUACAAUUGAUGCUAAAUUAGGGUUGCACUAUCAAUCUACUGAUCAUAAUUUACAAACAUAGUUGAGUGAAUCAUAAGCUUAGAAUAUUGAGAAUAAGAUAUUUUUACUAAAAAAUAAUAGGACUUUGUUAUCAAUUAUCAUAUUAAGUACAUUUAGAUUUUAGAUUAACUAAGAUUUCGCAAUUAAGCAGUUAUAUCCUAAAGAUUAUUGUUAUUAAUACAUAGUGAAAAUAACAAACUUACAUUAACUUUCAUAAUUAUUCUUCCAAUAAUCUUUAUCAGUUGAAUAAUACACAAUAAAAUAUGGUAUUACAGUGAUAGAAUUUGUCCAUUAUUUACUUCUUUGA